AUGGUGCUUAUUAAGGAGUUUCGUGUCCGUCUGCCCAUAUCUGUGGAAGAGUACCAGGUGGGCCAGCUCUUCUCAGUGGCUGAAGCCAGCAAGGAUAACACAGGAGGUGGAGAGGGGAUAGAAGUCCUGAAGAACGAGCCUUAUGAGCGGGAGGGUGAGAAGGGACAAUACACCCACAAGAUCUACCACUUGCAGAGUAAAGUCCCAGGUUUCGUCAAGAUGCUGGCCCCCGAAGGCUCCCUGGUAUUUCACGAGAAGGCCUGGAAUGCCUAUCCCUACUGCCGCACAAUUCAGAAUGAAUACAUGAAAGACGACUUCUUCAUUAAGAUCGAGACGUGGCAUAAACCAGAUUUCGGGACCCUGGAGAAUGUACAUGGAUUGGAUGUGGAGACCUGGAAGGAGGUGGAGAUCGUACCUAUUGAUAUCGCAGAUCGCUCUGAAAUCUCAGAAGAUGACUAUAAGCCAGAAGAGGACCCAGCCGCAUACAGAUCGGAGAAGACGGGGAGAGGGCCAUUAACAAAGGAUUGGAUGAACGAGAUCCUUAACAACCCCUCUUGCCCUCACAUGUGUGCCUACAAACUAGUGACUGUCAAAUUCCGAUGGUGGGGCCUUCAGGGUAGAAUGGAGAAGUUUAUUCACAAGCAAGAGAAGCGCCUCUUCACAAACUUUCACCGCCAGCUUUUCUGCUCCCUGGACCGGUGGGUGGAUCUGAACAUGGACGACAUCCGCCGUAUGGAAGACGAAACACAGAAAGAGCUGGACGAGAUGCGGCAAAAAGGACAAGUCAGGGGCAUGACUGCGAAAGACGAGUAA